CAUCCUCGGUCCCGCCUACCGAUGUCGCAGGCAGCCUCACUUCAAAGGACCAAGGUAGCGUGUUGGAUGCCCAAGCAUCGCGCACACAGGGUAUGCCUGUCUUCCUGAGGGAUAUUAGCACUGCAGGACAUGCAAGCAUGGAACCUGGCCUUACUCGACAUUAUGCUGGGGUAUCGCGUGCACCUACUGCUGCGUUAUCUUCAAACACCGUGAGCACUUAGCGCAAAAAGCACCACGUGCACGUGCACCAAGUGUGUACCGCGCUCCUACACCGAGCGCCUCGUGCACCGAGCACUGGAUGUGCGUUUAACCCUGUGCGCACCCCGUGCACCGGUUGUACUGAGAACUGUGUGUACCGAUCACCGAGGGUGCUAUGUGCACCGAGGCACUAGCAUUAUGUGAGUUGGAUUACCAUGCAGCACCGUACGCACGUGCACCGAGCGCCGUGAGCAACGCGUGUAAGUUUUUGCAUACGGUAGCAAAAGGACUCCACUUGCACAAUAUACUUCGUGAUCAUAAUACAUGCCAGCUCACUGAGGACAAUUCAUUUGAAACGGCAAGCACCCCCUCCAGUUAGCACUGAUUGGAUUUCAGCUCUCCAGCAGCAGCAGUGGAAGCAGCAUACAACAUCACCCACCUUGUAGAUCAGGAUAUUACUAAGACUGCUGAACCACUCUUAAACAAAAAUAUGUUGCAGAACUGCUGAUCAUGACAAGAGGACUGUACUAGCUAGCUGUUAAAAAAAAAAGAAUUCAACAGCUACAGAAUGCAGAACCUCAGGCAAGCUGCAUCAGAGGCUUUCAACCGUUUAGGUCUGAAGCAGAGACACCUGGGCUAUGAGGAGCUGACUGACCUCACCGAUUCUGCAUUUCCUUCAGAGGAGAUCCAGCCCCAUUGGUUCCACACCCUACAGGUCAGGAGGUUGACAGUUCAAAGGUCAAGGAGCAACAGUGACCCCUUGGGAGGAAAGAGCUUCGAAGAAGGAUGCCAAUGGAGAACAGGCCUCCAGUUUGGGACAGCCACCUCCUACCUGAACCUGGAGAAGCUGGGAGAGGGUUCCUACGCCACUGUUUAUAAAGGGAUCAGCCGGAUAAAUGGACACCUUGUUGCUUUAAAAGUGAUUAGGAUGAAGACAGAAGAAGGAGUGCCAUUCACAGCUAUUAGAGAAGCCUCAUUGCUGAAAGGCCUGAAACAUGCCAACAUCGUCCUUCUCCAUGACAUCAUUCACACACGAGAGACCCUGACAUUCGUUUUUGAGUAUGUGCAAACUGAUCUAGCACAGUAUAUGAUUCAGCACCCUGGGGGCCUACAUUCAUACAAUGUUAAGGUCUUAGUGUUUCAGUUGCUGAGGGGUCUGUCAUAUAUCCACCGCCAGAGGAUUCUGCACCGAGACCUCAAACCGCAGAACCUGCUGAUCAGCUACCUAGGGGAGCUCAAGCUCGCAGAUUUUGGUCUGGCCCGGGCCAAGUCUAUCCCCAGUCAAACCUACUCCUCAGAGGUGGUGACGCUGUGGUACCGGCCCCCUGAUGUUCUUCUAGGAGCCACGGACUACUCCACCGGACUGGACAUGUGGGGCGUGGGCUGUAUAUUUAUCGAGAUGCUAGAAGGAUCCCCGGCUUUCCCUGGUGUCACAGAUAUCGUUGAACAACUGCAGAAGAUCUGGGCAGUAUUAGGGGUUCCUACUGAGGAAACCUGGCCUGAAGUUACUGAACUGCCAAACUACAAACCAGAAUGGUUUCUGCCCUGUCAGCCUAGAAUGCUUCGGAAUGUUUGGAAAAGACUAGGGCAGCUGCCCUAUAAAGCUGAGGACCUGGCAAAGAAGCUGCUGCAAUGUGUCCCGCGAGACCGGCUAGCUGCCGACGAGGCCCUUCGCCACGAGUAUUUCAACAGCCUGCCUUCUGCACUACUCCAAUUGCCUGACACUACGUCCAUCUUCAGGGUUCCCGGGGUGAGGCUGGAACCUGAGGUCCGAGAUAUUUUCAGCCCUAGCAGGAAGAGCAGCCCCACUGCAGUCCCCCUCAACAAGUGCUGUUGACUCUGAGGACCUCUAGAGGCCUGGAUUGGAAGCCUAGUUCCGUCAUGCACACAGACAUCCAUUCAGAAACAAAGCCAGAGGAGACUUUCAAGGGAGACACUUUUGAAUAAGAAGCUUUGAGGGGACGGAUAGCAGCUGAAAUGAAAGUGAAUUACACAUGCUUUUCAGAUGCAUACAUCAUGUGGUCUAAGUGCAACACAGAAAAACUUGUCUUUACUGUCAACUGAAGCCGGUAAUAAACCCCAGGGAAGGAUUUAGGUACUUCGAAGAAACAGUCAAUUGUUUAAUGUGGUCACAGUCACACUACUCCCUUUCCCUAUAUACGCUGCAUACCGGUAAAGAAAACACAUAUUCAUGUUUAGGUUCACCAGUAGAUCUUGGGGAAAAGGAUGGACACAAUGAGCACCUAUGGCAGCACACCCCCAGAGCUAGCUGUGUUAUCUUUUUCCCUACAUUGCUACUUGCCAUGUGUCCCUGACAGUGUCAGGGCAGCUCAUCCUAGAAUGAACUAUGACCAGUAGAGUUCAUCUGCUCACUUUCAGUAGUACAGUAAGUAAAGCUAUCGUGUGUGUGUUAACUUUUACAGUCUCAAAUGUAUGGUUUUGUUUAUUGUACAGUGAAAUUAGUGGCCAUACUGUACUAAUGUUUGUUCCAAUGAAGGAUAUUGAGGCUGUUAAAGUAUAUGUUUCUUUCUUUAUUUGUGGGAUCAUUUUUAACAGUGCCUGCCUCUAUAUGCAGGUACAGCUAAAAAUGUACAGACCCUUUACCGACCAGUUGUCUUUGAGGAGGGAAUGUGAAUUUCUGCUUUAUGCAUUUUAGGGAAAGUGGUUCCUUGAAAAUAUAUAUUUUUUUUACUCUUUGGGGCACAUAAGGAUAUUAUUUCCAUCAUAUGGUGAUGAGGUCAUGGGUCAUUUCUUAGCCAAUCAGCUUGCAAGUUUCCCCACCAUUUACAAUAUAAUAACUCAUAAAACCCAACAAUAAUUUUCUACUUCAUCAUUUAAGACAAAGGGUUUCAGAUCAAUACCAUGUGUGGAACUUGCUAGGUACUGUAUAUGAUAGAGUCCAUCUGGUAUGCAUGAUACUUGUAUGUAAGCCUGUUGUUAUCAAUCACUAAAUGGCAAAACCUGUUUAAAAAUGUCACCCAUUCUUUCAAGAAAACUAGCCUAAUAUACCAUCUCAAGAGUUAACUAAAGACUGCUGCAGACCAUGGCUGGUCCCGUUCCUCUCCCUGAAGAGAUUAGAGGAACCAACUAAUACAGGUCAACUUAAAGAUGCUCUCAGUGUUAGCCACAAUAUUUUUCUUCUUUCUUUUGUUUAACUGUGUGGAAAUACUGUAGCCACACAUAUAUUUUCCCAGAUGUCCCCCUCAUUUGCUGUUUUUGUAAGAAAUUGUAUUAGUAGACUUGAUUUGUAGAGUUGAUACUGCUUACGGGAUUAACUGUUGUGUACAUAUGAUGGUAUAUCAUGUUAUGUAUGUAUUACUCAGAUAUAACAAAUCAUACAUUGCAGUGUUGUAUUUUUCUUAUCAAACACAGGUAUCUGUACAUUAUCAUCAGGUUCACAGACAUGAAAAAGCUUAUGAGUGCAUGUGUGAUGUGAACUACUACAAAUUAAAUAAAUGAUUUUUAUGCACUGGUGU